CAGCGUUGUUGGCUGGGAACGGCUCCCUGUACUUAGUUACCGACCUAGAAGAGCAACAUAUCUGUCGUGUACGUAUCACCUUUUCGGCGUGAGUCAACCACAGGACCCCUCAGCCAAACUAUCGUGCAAAGCCUCCCAACAGCCUCGCAAAGUCUCAAGCUGCAUUUGUAAGCCAACAACAAGGGCAAUUGUCUCCUGAGUCCUAGAAACAGGAGCAUUGAAGUGCUGCUGAGUUCCCGUCCCACUAUUUCCGUCUGCUUCAUGCCCGCCAGACUCCCACCUCGCAUAUCCAGAAGCUUCUCCUCGCCCAUUCGGCCUCCCGGGUCGUUCUAUUCACAUAAAACCAAAUAUUUUACAUCUAAUCGCGCGCCCGAGCCUACCAGGCCUGUCUUGCUGUUGCGCCCUUCCUUUCAGUACCGACCCAGCCGAUUAUACUCCUCGAUCUCAUCCAUGGAUCCCAUCAAACCCCAGGCAAAUGGAGUGUUGACUCCCAAGCCAGUGCUUUUCUUUGACAUUGACAACUGCCUGUACCCCAGAAGCUCAAGGGUCCAAGACCACAUGGCACAGCUGAUUGACGAGUACUUCGCGAAGCAUCUUUCCCUCUCCUGGGAAGAUGCGGUCAAGCUGCAUAAGGAGUACUACACCAACUACGGGCUCGCUAUUGAGGGCCUCGUGCGGCACCACCAGAUUGACCCUCUGGAGUACAACUCCAAGGUCGACGACGCGCUGCCCCUUGAAGACAUUCUGAAGCCCAACCUCAAGCUGCGGCAACUUCUUGAAGAUGUCGACAAGAGCAAGUGCACCAUGUGGCUACUGACCAACGCCUACGUUAACCACGCCAAGCGCGUGUUGAAGCUGCUGGGUAUCGAGGACCUAUUCGACGGCCUGACAUUCUGCGACUACGGACAACAGCCACUGGUCUGCAAACCUGCCAAGGAGAUGUACCUGAGAGCCAUGCGGGAGUCGGGCGUCGAGAAGAUGGAGGAUUGCUACUUUGUUGACGAUUCAUACCUGAACUGCCAGAAAGCCCAGGGCUAUGGCUGGAACGUGGCACACCUAGUAGAGGAGGAUCUGCCAGUGCCACAAACGCCAGCAUCCGCGCACCAGAUCCGACACCUGAGGGAACUCCGAGACGUCUUCCCUCAAUUCUUCAAGUCAAAAAACGCUUAGACUCGCAUCACUGACUAGAGACAAUGACUGAACGACCAUAGAUGAACACGAUUAGGUGGCAGAGAGCGAAAAGACAUUCAUGUACAGGGGGGGAGACUGAAGACGUAGAACCGUUGAUUUUGAUGGACUGGGUAUCAUUGAGUCCAUAGAUAUAUCAUUAUACAUACCCCCGUUUUCUAUACCCUCUAAACGCC